UCAAGCUCAAGUUUAUCUUGUGAAACUAUAAUUAUGGUGCUCCUUGCUCCUAUUGCCAUUUUUCUGGGUGUUCUUGCUGGUGUUGCUACUUCAGCUUGGCAUGCCAGCCCUGCUUUUACCACAAUUUACAGCCCGACGACUGCAACAGUUUCACCAAAACAAAAUUGCUAUACUCUCUGGUAUGAGUGGGGAAGUGGUUGGCGACACAAAUUUUAUCCAGAAGGAACACCAUGCUGGUUGACAUGGAUGCGAAACAGUGUUGGAUAUUGUAGCCGAGGAAGGUGCAAUGCCAACUACCAACCAACUCUACGCCACUGCGUCGAGCAGUAUGAGGGUGAAGUAUACCCCACCAACUGCAAUGUGACCACGUGUAAUGGGACGCCGUGUAUUCAUGUAUCCAAUAAACCACGCAGCGUUAUCGGUGGUCUCUGCCUGAAUGGCAUGUGUGUCCCGUCAUAUGAUUUGAAUCCGGAGCAGGUAAAGCAAGCGCAUCCAGAGAAGUACCACAACUGCGAAGAGAAGGAGCACUUUGGCCGAAACGUCCUGUCUAGCUGCUACUAUUACUGCCAAAGAAACAGUACAUGGUUCUACGGCUACUAUAGCAGCAACGUGUCCAGCGCCUGCUACCUGGGAAAUCCAAGGCCACCCCAGUUUCUUGGAUGGUGUUGUAAUGGCGACUGCAUUGAAAAUCCACAUUGCCAGCAUUCAAGAAGCCUGCUGCUCUAAAGAAGUUAUUUGGUAAACUCAAAUAAUUGCACUGCUCACUAUGGUUAGCCAGAGACCUCUGAAUAAAUUGA